CGGCGCACAUUAGCUAGAACCAACUUACACGCUCGCUGCAUCGCCGACUUUGAAAAUCAAAAGUCUUCCACUCUGCCUCUCUCUCUCUCUCUCUCUCUCUCUCUAGUGCCUAACUACCCGCCAUUUCUCUCCUCUCUUUCUCUCUCUAACAUGACUAGUCCGCACCCGUCGUCGUACGGACGUCGGAACCCUAGCUCCCACUCCCGGUACACGCCGGACCGAAUUUCGUACUCGCCGAGCUCGGCGUACUCCGAGGCCUCCGGCGGCCGGAGCCACAACGCUGUUGCCGCCGCGGCCCGUUCCGUCGCCGGAGCCUUCAUCGCCUGCUUCACUCCGCCGGAGACCAAGAGCUCCAAGAGCGUCGCCGAUUCCGAGGAAUUCAAAGCUCAUUCUGUUAAAUCGGAGGGUUCGGCAUCUCGUAGCGAGAGAAGACGCAGUUCGAAUUACGGUAUAUACACCAAUCAAAAUAAAUCAACCCAUGGAAGAGAACCUCCCAACGAAAAAUUCACCAUUGACGAAAUCUUAAAGGCCACGAGGAACUUUGCCCCACCUUUCAAGAUAGGACAAGGUGGUUUCGGGACGGUUUACAAAGGAAGACUCUCAGAUGGUACCUUUGUUGCAUUAAAGCGUGCCAAAAAGAGUGCGUACGACAAACAAUUGGGGGUGCAGUUUCAGAGUGAGGUCCGAACACUUGCUCAAGUGGAACAUUUGAAUUUGGUCAAAUUUCACGGGUUUUUGGAGCACGAAGAUGAAAGAAUUGUUAUUGUGGAAUAUGUUCCAAAUGGAACGCUAAGAGAACAUUUAGAUUGUUUGCAUGGAAACAUUCUUGACUUCGCUGCAAGGCUUGACAUUGCAAUAGACGUGGCUCAUGCCAUCACCUAUCUCCAUAUGUACACAGAUCACCCUAUUAUUCAUAGAGACAUAAAGUCUUCCAACAUUCUCCUCACAGAGAAUUUUCGUGCCAAAGUAGCUGACUUCGGGUUUGCACGACUAGCAGCUGACAGUGAUUCAGGUGCCACCCAUGUUUCCACCCAAGUCAAAGGAACUGCUGGCUACUUGGACCCAGAAUACCUUAGGACCUAUCAGCUUACUGAGAAAAGUGAUGUCUACUCAUUUGGUGUGUUAUUGGUGGAACUAGCCACAGGAAGGCGCCCCAUUGAAGCAAAACGGGAACUGAAGGAGCGGAUCACUGCAAAAUGGGCCAUGAAGAAGUUUGCUGAUGGUGAUGCUCUAUCAACCUUGGAUCCAAGACUGGAACAUACUGCAGCAAAUAACCUGGCCCUUGAAAAGCUUCUUGAACUAGCCUUACAGUGCUUGGCGCCACGCAGACAGAACCGGCCUAACAUGCGAAGGUGUGCGGAGGUCCUUUGGAGUAUCCGCAAAGAUUACAGGGAACUAUCGGGCAAUGACUUCCGUUCAUUUUCCACACGUUCCCAGAGAAGCACUUCAACAAGAGACGAAUGACCUAUAGAUGAGAGAGCUCAGGCAAGGCAAAGGACUUCUGCCUCAUUUAGAUACAGGCUUAACGACACAAGGUUCCGUUCAAGAUAAAGCACCAAACAGGUUGCGCUUUGUGUUUCAACUGUUGAGUGUUUGUGGUGGGUCACACCGUCAUGGUUGAGGAAGCAAAUGUUUCACAAUGCUUUGCAUGUCCAGUCAUUUGGAGACUAUAAAGGUAUUUUAUUUUAAGAUGGGUCUUCGUCCAGAUAUUGUGUAUUAUUCUUAAAUUUUUUAUGAUUGUGUCUAUUAUUCUUGGGGUGCUAUGCAUGUAAAUAAGAGAAUUGUAUGUAGCCUACUGAAUAUUAUUUGUUUGUAUCCAAAUUCUUCUAGUGGAUGCUUAUUUCACUUUUAAAAGUAGGAUUUUGGUCGAUUCACAGCCUUGGCAUGAUGCACGUACAAUUAUUUGUUGAAUUCUUAAAGCUUCUGUUGGCCAACGAUUUAUAUGGCUCAAGUAGCAAUAAAAAAGCUCUUUCAA